AUGUCAUCCGCAGCAAAGUCAGUUCCCACGUCUCCCAUUCCUGCUACGCCACCGGAGCAAGUUCCUGAGCAAAUUCCAAAGUGUGCUGCCCUUCCGGACGACAUCAUCAUUCGCCAGCACAGGCAUGGCAAGUCGGCGACCCUGACAAAAGAGCCUGUCAAAGAGCGCAUGAAGCACAUCCACCGAGACAUCAAGUUGCUUGCCGACGGCCUUCCGAACGGGAUCUAUGUCCGCUAUGCCGAGACGCGGCCUGAUUUCAUGAAGAUACUCAUCGCAGGCAGUAGCGGUACACCAUACGCAGGCGGCCUCUUCGAGUUCGAUCUGUUUUGUCCCGCAAAUUAUCCACAAGUUCCACCAGAAGUGACAUUUCGUACGACAGGUUCCGGUUACUUCCAGUUCAAUCCCAACCUGUACAUCAAUGGUAAAGUCUGCCUUUCCGUCCUUGGUACCUGGGAUUACUCUUCUUGGGUACCAAACCAAGGAACAGUUCUCGACAUUCUGAUCAUCCUGCAAGCCUGCGUUCUUGUCGACGAACCGUUCACAAACGAACCAGGCAGAGAGGCUUUCAAGGGGAGUUCUAGAAGUCUCCAUUACAAUCGAGCACUCUAUGGGAAGACUGUACAGUUGGCCAUGCUGGGUUGGUUGGAGCAGAAUGGCAGUCUGUGGGACGAUAUCAUCAAGCAACACUUCACCGUCAAUGAAGAGGUGAUCCCCGAGACUGUCAAGGAGUGGAUUGAGGAUUACAGCCAAUCCGGGGGCGUCGGUGGAAGGAAGAGGAACCUUUCCAAGCUCGACUCUCAUCCCUCAAAUGCCCCCGGAAAGAAGACUCAAUCUGCGAUCGGAGAUGCACUCUCAAACUACACUUCUGCAUCUGCUGGAAGCAAACUUCAAAAGCUCCCAGGUGGCAUUCAAAAAGCUCCCUUCGCUUUGAGCCACUCCUCCUCCGACGGUAACUUCGACUUUGCCUAUCCACCACACGGCGGCAAAGACCUUUCCGCCCAACUUAUCACCGGCAAGCCAAGUCUAGCAUCGAGAGCAGCCAAAACGCCUCUUCCUUUCGUUAAAAAGCAGAGGACCCCGACGCGUGCGAUACGUGACCCGUAUGUUAAGGACCCCAUCGACUUCGCAGAUCCAGCAGAGGAUGAUGAGGAUGAUGAGGAUGACGAGGAUGAAGAGGAUGACGAGGAUGAAGAGGAUGCUGGAUUUGAUGAACCUUUGCAGGAGUCUGUAGAGGAGGGCGAGAGCAAGGUUGUGGGUGAGAAUUUGAGGAAGUUGGUCAAGGAGUUGAGGAAUGCUGUUGUCGCUUUGAGCGGCUGA